AUGGAUUCCCGCAAGGAGAGCAAGGUAAGAAAAAAGCCCCUGAAAGCCAAGUCAGCCAAGCGGAAGGAGAAGAAAUACAAAACGGCGAAGCUUUUCAGGAGGAAAUCGCUGCGGUCCGUCGGGGAUUUCAUGAGCAGGAUCUUGAAAACUUUGGGAACUUUGGCGCACUUCGGCGACGCCGAGCCGCCCGGCGCCGAGGAUGACGACGGUGGCUUCAAGGAGAGCGCCGCCGCCGCAGGGAACGCCAAAGAGCCGUCGCCGCCGGUGGCCGCCGACGGCACCGCGAGGAAGAGCACCGCCUCGUCUUCCCACGGGUCUGUGAAAGACAGGCUGUCCUGGUGCUAUGGCGACAAGACCCCCGGGGUGCUGGGGCUGAAAAACCACGGCAACACCUGUUUCAUGAAUGCCGUGGUUCAGUGUCUCAGCAACACGGACCUGUUGGCCGAGUACCUGGGUCUGGAGCAGUACAGACCGGAGGCGUGUCUCCGGCGGGUGAACGGAGUGCUCGGUACCGAGGAACAGCUCUCCAGCCGGGGCGAGGUGACCCAACAGCUGGCCUCGCUGGUGCGAGCGCUGUGGACCCUCCAAUACACGCCGCAGCUGUCUGUGGAGUUCAAGAGAUUAGUGUCCAAGUAUGGCUCUCAGUUUCGAGGCAAUGCUCAACAUGAUGCUUUGGAGUUUCUCUUGUGGCUCCUGGAUAGGGUCCAUGAAGACGCCAACUCCAGCCCCAAUAACAACAACAGCAGCAGCAGUAAGACCAGAGCCCCCACCAAGGGACCGAGUGCUUCAGAAGACACAGCCACCCGACUAGUCAGUACACACAAGCCUGGGACCCGGCACAGCUUUGUCCAGGAGCACUUCCAGGCACAGUACAGGUCCUCAUUGACGUGCCCUCAUUGCCUUAAGCAGAGUAACACCUUUGACCCGUUCAUGUGUAUCUCCCUGCCAAUCCCCCUAAGGCAAACCAGAGCUAUGUGUGUGACCCUGGUGUUCAGUGCUAAGGGUCAGAGGUAUUUGCGUGUGGGGCUGGCUGUACCUCUCUUUGGCUCCCUGGCCUGUCUGAGAGCAAUGGUGGCAGAGGAAGGCAACAUUUCUCCCAAACAGGUUAUCCUGUCCGAGUUGUACUCCACAGGUUUCCAUCGCUCCUUCUUUGAUGAGGAUGACCUCACGGCCAUUGCAGAUAGUGAUGUGGUGUACGCCUUCCAGGCCCCACUUCCCCAUAGCCAUGGAGGACCCAUGCCGCUGUCAGGAUACCACCACAGCCUCCCCUCCUCUCCCCACAACUCCACCUCCACCGCUGGUCCUGAGGGCAAAAGGUUAGCCCCAUCGGGGACCCUUUCCUCUGAAUUCCUCAACCAGAGCAGCUCCAAUAAGGUCCUCCUUCUCAUCUGUAAUACGGCAGGGUCCGGCCAGCAGGCGGUCAGGUUUGGUCCUCCCUUCCUGAUGUAUGAGGACAGGAGUAUCUCUUGGGACCAGCUGCAGCAGAGUAUCCUCAGCAAGCUCUACUACCUGAUGCAAAAUGGAUCUCAGGCUAAGAAUGCUGGGGUGCUGUUUAAAAUCCGAGUGGUUGGAGGAUCGGCAGCUUACAACUACCUGUCACCACAGGACAACAAGCCACUGUACCACCCUGCAAUGGACAGAGCUUUGAAGUUCUGUGGUCCAGGGGGUCCUCCUCAUGUGAAACUUGUCAUCGAGUGGGAACACAAUAUCAAAGAAUGUCUGUUUGGCUGCAUCCAGGAGGAAGUUGUCAAGGAUGCAGAGAGUGUGAGGAGCCAGCAGCAGUACCAUCUUCAGCAGCACAGCUGCACCCUGGACGAGUCUUUUCAGCUGUAUACCAAAGAGGAGCAGCUUGCCCCAGAUGAUGCCUGGAAGUGCCCUCACUGUAAGCAACUUCAGCAAGGUAUGGUAAAAAUGAGCCUUUGGACACUCCCUGACAUCCUCAUCCUCCAUCUCAAGCGCUUCAGACAGGUGGGUGAGCGGAGAAACAAGCUGUCCACCCUGGUGCGAUUUCCCCUUACUGGGUUGGACAUGGCCCCUCAUGUGGUCAAGAGGAGCCAGAGUAUGAAGAACCUGAAUCUUGGGACAUGGCCUUCCGCCUGGAAGCAGCCCUCAGGCCAAGAACAACCUUCGGACAUGACCCUCCCCCUCGACUACUUGUAUGACCUUUAUGCGGUGUGUAACCACCAUGGAGGCAUGCACGGAGGACAUUAUACCGCCUACUGUAGGAACUCAGUUGAUGGCCAGUGGUAUAGCUAUGAUGACAGCAGCGUAGACCUGGUGCCAGAAGAGGAAAUAUGCACCAGAGGGGCCUACAUCCUUUUUUAUCAGAGACGCAACACCAUUCCUCCCUGGUCUGCUAGCAGCUCCCUCAAAGGCUCCACCAGCUCAUCAAUGUCAGAUCACUGGCUGAUCCGGCUGACAGGGGAAAGUAAAAGAGGGAGUCUGGUCUCUUGUUCCUCUACCACUUGCCCCUCCUCCACACCUGACUCCCCAGAUUCUCCAGUCUUCCAUGAUAACCCCCUCAAAGAGGAGAAAGGUGGUUUUGAGAGCAGGCCAUUUGUCAGGGGCCUCCAGGGACGCAGUGUGAGCAUGAGAACUCCAACCAAAACCAAGGAAACCUUAAGCAAAGUGUUUCCCCUGCGUUGGUCCUUUGGCUCGAAGGACAAGCGGAAACCCAACCCCAUAGUGUCACCAAUCCCAGCUCCAGCCCCUGUUGAACUAGUAGAGUACUUGGAAUCUGGUCGUCGGCCACGUUGCACUAAGGAGCCAAUCACUACAUUGAUGUCCGGACCGACAGGUUCCAAGGAAGCAGUUAAAGCUGGAGCCCAGGUUCGUUCAUCCAGUGCUGCGAGCCUCAGCUGUGUUGGCAGGGUUGGAGAGGAACCAUUGCUCGAGUCCCCACAGGUCCCAGAGGGCCAGAGAAGGCCGUUGGACAAGACAUCCAGCCUAAGACGUGACACCAAAGGAAGCCAGACAAGAGAUAAUGGCCCUGUCACUGCCAUGAGCAGUAGCUCUAGCACCAACACUUUGACCAGGAGGAAGGACUCCAGGAAGCAGAGUCCCUUGAAGGGCUCACAGGGGGCACAGGUAAAGAGUUCCAGUGUUGGAGUUAAGCCUAGCUCCAGUACUCCCAUCCUCCAUGAGGGGACACUGAGGAGAGGAAAAGUUGACAAAAUUGAAAGGAGUGAUGCCCAGAGUGAACCCCAAGCUUCUCAUGGAGGAAAUCCUAAGCCCAGGAAAGAAGAGCCCAAGAGCCAUGAGGGGCUGCUCUCUUUCUUCAAAGGUAACUUCCUAAAGAAGGACAAAGACUCAAGGAGGAGCAAGGAAAGUGAUGAGGGAGGCAGAAGGAGUUUUUCAAGGCUCUCGAUAUCCAAUGGAGCAGCAGGAGGAGGUGCUGUUAUAGAAGGAAGCAAGUCCAACGGCUCACACCAUCUCAGUAAAGAGCUGCUGAAUGGAAAGAUGGGACGCAACUCAGGUGAGAUAAAACGCUCCCAGAGCUCGUCCAACAUCCCCACCAAGAUGGAGCCCAAUGUACACCGGACCGCCUCCUUGCAUCGUAACAGGAAGUCUGCACCACCACUGGCACACAGCCUGACGACAGACAAGCCGUCUUAUAGCACCCUCCAGAGAACCCGUUACAGCACAACCUCCUUGGGACGCAAGAGGACAGUCCCCGAAUCCAGCUUCUGA